AUGACUAAUAAUCCAGUUAUUGAUUUAUUUGACGAUCCAAAUAAAAAGUUUGUUAAAAUAUGUGCACCAAUGGUUCGUUAUAGCAGACUACAAUUCCGGAAAUUGGUUCGUAUGUAUGAAUGUGAUUUAUGUUUCACACCAAUGAUAAUGGCCGAUUGUUAUGUUAAGUCAGCUAAGGCUAGGGCACAUGAAUUCCAAACUGAUACAGAUGAUAGACCUCUUAUUGUACAAUUUGGUGCCAAUAAUUCAUCUGAUUUUGUAAAUGCUUCUAAUUUGAUCAUUCCAUAUUGUGAUGGAGUUGAUCUUAAUUGUGGCUGUCCACAAAGAUGGGCUUUAAAUGAAGGAUACGGAGCACAGUUACUGAAAAAUCCAGAAAUUAUCAAAGACUGUGUUCGUCAAUUACGCAAUCACUUACCAACUAACAAGACUAUAUCAGUUAAAUUAAGAUUACUCGAUGAUCAUAGAAAGAGUGUAGAUCUUUGCCAACAAAUUGAAGCUACUGGUGUGUCUUUUAUUACGGUUCAUGGACGAACAGCUCUUCAAAAGAAUGAACCUAUUGAUCAAGAAUGCUUGAAACUUAUUAACGAAUCUGUUAGUGUUCCAGUAAUUUUAAAUGGUGAUAUCAAAAGUUUAUCGGAUGCUAUCACAAUGCAAGAAUAUACUGGUUGUAGAGGCAUGAUGAGUGCAAGAGGCAUUUUACACAACCCUGGCUUGUUUGCUGGCUAUCAAAAUACACCACUCUCGGCUGUUCAAGAUUGGUUAAAUAUCAAACAUACUAAUUUCUUGUGGUUUCAUCAUCAUUUAGUAUUUAUGUGUGAACGUCUACUUCCUAAAACUGCAAGAAAAACUUUCAAUCAAUUACGCACAGCAUCAGAUGUAGUAUCAUUUUUAGAAGAUCAAUUACAUAUAUCAAAUGUACUUCCCAGUAAUAGGAUAUUAGGGAAGGAACUUGGUGGAACUAGUGGUGCAUAUUAUGAAAAUAUAGCUGUCGAAGACACAGUUUCUUCUCAGCCUGAAGAUAUUGUUGACAGUAUAAUCAAUUUAUUUGAUUGA